GCUUGACGUCGCCGCUCGGCAUCCUUAGCACAGGCCGCCCCCGAGGCCGCGCGGAGCUCCCUGGCCCGCGCCCCCCCAUGCGCUCUCGCCUCGGUGGCCGGCCGGGCGGACGCGGAGCCGCGCGGGUGACGGCAGACAGAGGCGGCUGCGCGCCCAGCCUAGCCCAGCCCAGCCGAGGAGAGGGCGCGCCGCGCCCCCGCCCCCCGCCCGCUCUCCGGAGGCCGUGGGUGCGGAUGCGCGGCUGACGACUCGCAGCGACCAGCACUGGAGCCCGCAGCAUGGCAGCCGCCGCCUAUGUGGACCACUUCGCCGCCGAGUGCCUCGUGUCCAUGUCCAGCCGCGCGGUCGUGCACGGGCCGCGGGAGGCGCCGGAGCCCCGGCCCGAGGGUGCGGCCGCCGCCGCCGCCGCCGCCGCCCCCGCGCUGCCCCGCGCCGACGAGCGCCGCGACGGCAAGGACAGCGCCUCGCUGUUCGUGGUGGCGCGGAUCCUAGCGGACCUCAACCAGCAGGCGCCGGCACCCGCCGCGGCGGAGCGCAGAGAGGGGGCCGCGGCCCGCAAGGCGAGGACCCCGUGCCGCCUGCCGCCCGCCUCUCCCGGCGGCGAGGGCGCCGCGGCCGCGCCCCCCAGCCCCGCGUGGAGCGAGCCCGAGCGGGAGCCGGCGCCCGCGGGGAGCGGCGAGCCCGGCCUCAGACAAAGGGGCCGGCGGGGCCGCAGCCGCGCCGACCUCGAGUCCCCGCAGAGGAAGCACAAGUGCCACUACGCGGGCUGCGAGAAAGUUUACGGGAAGUCCUCGCACCUCAAGGCGCACCUGAGAACUCACACAGGUGAGCGGCCCUUCGCUUGCAGCUGGCAGGACUGCAACAAGAAGUUUGCGCGCUCGGACGAGCUGGCGCGGCACUACCGCACACACACCGGGGAGAAGAAGUUCAGCUGCCCCAUCUGCGAGAAGCGCUUCAUGCGCAGCGACCACCUGACGAAGCACGCGCGCCGCCACGCCAACUUCCACCCGGGCAUGCUGCAGCGGCGCGGCGGGGGCUCGCGGACCGGCUCGCUCAGCGACUACAGCCGCUCGGACGCCAGCAGCCCCACCAUCAGCCCCGCCAGCUCGCCGUGAGCCCGCCGGCCCGUCCUGUCCUUUUGUAACGAGAACGAAGCCGCGAACUUAGGAGAAGUCCACGAGAAAACACUUUUCUUCACCUCAGGUGUCAAAGUCAGUUUGUUUGUUUUUUAAGAAAAAAAAAAAAAAAAAACCACAACGAAAAAUUUCCAAAAAUA